AUGCCCCAUCAAGAGCUUCCAUCUGAUGAGUGCAUCUCAUCGACGGAAUCUAGUGAAUCUAAUUCUUCCUUGGGUAGUCGCGCUUCAAGUGCCAGUGGUCAGAAUCAUCUGCAAAUCAUUAAUGAGUACGCCAACUUUCUGCCUGAGGAGCCACUCUACGAACCAAUCGUCCUACCCACAGAACCAUCGCUGGAAGAACUUCUUCAUCAGGUCACUGGAGCUCGUCGUUUGGACACAGUGCAGGAUCUAAAGCUCCGCGUGAUUUCCCAUCUGACGAGUCUUCAGCGCAUUCAUUCGUUCGUUCCGUGCCUGGUGAGCCUCAAUCUCGAUGGAAGCAUUAUUCAUUCAUUGAGAGAUUUGGGAUGUCAUCUCAAUUUGAAAUAUCUCAAUGUUAGUCGAUGCGGUCUAAGAACACUCGAUGGAACUAGUUGUCUUAUCACGCUGGAGGAACUUAUUGCGGAUGGGAAUGCCAUUGAAUACGUGGAGCCAUGUUACAACCUUCCAACAUUGUCUAUUCUUAGCUUAAGAGACAACAGAAUUUGUGAUUUGGAGGCUGUAAGCUUUCUGUCCUUGUGCUCUAAACUGCGUAAUUUGAAUAUCGCCGGAAAUCCUGUGGCGAAUAUUAACAACCACCGCGAAAGGAUUAAGGAAUUUAUCCCCCAUUUGAGGAUUCUAGACGGAAUUUCCUUAUAUCCCGAUGGCUGUGUCAGUUCGUCGUCUUCUGAAUGCUACAGUUCUAGCUUGACGAGUCCAGACGAGUCACUGGAUGUGGAUCCUGCAAUUGCUGAAGAAGCUCAAGAUAAAUUCGAGCAAUUGACUAGAGUCCGACCAGCAACGGCAGGUGUCAUCAAUCGUCAGUCAAGUUCUGGGAUUGUGUCUGGAGCACCGGUGUGUGGAAAUAUUAUCUCUAUGGUGAGGCGCAAGCGUCAGAAAUCUGCCUGGGGGGAGUCUGACGGAAGUAGCGAAUCCUCCAGUACACGUGAUUCGCCACAGCUCACCACUAAAUCUUUCCCAAUGCAGCUUCCACAGAGCUCUGUGGAUCUGGAAUUGGGCAUCUGUGGUACAUCGAAGUCUUUUGAUGAUGCACAAGAGAACACUACUGAGAACCUUCUGGCAGCGGCCAGAAAAUGGAGGCUGAAUCAUCAGAAAACCAAGGCGACACUUCAGAAGAACAAUUCUGUUGAAGUGUUAUCAGAAUAA